CCGCCCCGCGCGCGCCGGGCGCCCGCCGCGGGCUGGCAGGGCGCGCGCCACUAGUAGUGCGGCGCAGCCAUGUCGGGUCCGGCGCGCGCGCGCCUGCGAGCGAUCCACCUCGUGCCGGCAGCCAUCCUGCUGUUUCAAUGGAUCUCACCAGCUUCUGCUGUCGUCUGUAACCAGACUUUGUGCGACUGCAAAGGAAUAAAGGGAGACUACGGGACCAUAGGACCUCCGGGUAUACCUGGUCCUCAAGGAGACUAUGGCGAGGAUGGACCUGAAGGCCGGGUGGGCAUUCCUGGCAGUCCCGGUGACAGCGGCGACAGAGGUGACUACGGAGAUAAAGGAGAACGGGGAACAGACGGUCCAUAUGGAAGAAGAGGAGAUGACGGUCCCCAGGGUCCGGCAGGAUACGAAGGUGUAAGAGGAUUCGCUGGUUUAGAUGGAUGUAGCGGCAUUGACGGUACUAUAGGGCCGAUGGGGCCACAAGGAAUUCCAGGCGACAGAGGACCACCGGGUCCAUAUGGGGAGAAAGGAUCCCAAGGUUUAGCUGGUGACGGUGGUGUAAACUCCAGAGGUGCCAAAGGUGAACAGGGUGAUGCUGCGCGUCCCGGCGCUCGUGGCCCUGUAGGACCCAUGGGAUAUAGAGGCGAUAGUGGACCACCCGGGGAAGAAGGUGAUCAGGGUCCCAUAGGGUACAAAGGUGACGUAGGAUACCGAGGAGAACGUGGUGACGAUGUUCUCGGUCCGCAAGGGGAAAAAGGAAAUCUUGGGGAAGUUGGUGAACCUGGCAGACCAUCUCGAGUGAUAUUUAUAGAUCAAGUUCAACAAAAUAUUACUAUAUUAGCCAAAGGAAACCAAGGUGAAAGAGGAUUACGAGGUUUACAAGGCGUAAAGGGUAUUAAAGGUCUACGAGGUUCAGAAGGCGCACCCGGACCAUAUGGAGUUAAUGGACCGCAAGGGUAUAAAGGAGACCAAGGGAUUGACGGACCUAGAGGAAAACCCGGACACCGUGGUAGCGUGGGACCCCCCGGUAUGAAAGGAGAUAAAGGAUGGCUAGGAUAUGAAGGGCCUGAUGGUGAAGACGGCCUCCCUGGAGCUAGAGGAGAAGAUGGAAGAUCGGGAAUGCCUGGUAUACAAGGGCCACAAGGAGAACCAGGAAUUUAUGACGAAAGACUAAACGAACCACUCCUACCAGGUUCUAUAGGACCCCAAGGACCCAUUGGAUUCACAGGGCCUAAAGGUGCUUCUGGAGCAGACGGCUCUCCAGGGUCACCAGGAUUCGUAGGCUUCCCAGGCGUACCUGGUAUCAAGGGUAUUCCUGGUAGACCAGGACCGAUAGGAGCCUCGCCUAAGGGAGAACCAGGAAAUGAUGGAUUUAAGGGGUUACCAGGUCGUCGUGGUCCAAUGGGAUCUUCAGGGUUUCCGGGAGUUAUAGGACCUAAGGGUUUCAAGGGUUCAACAGUAGUAGGACCACAGGGUGAAGAUGGGGAACCUGGCAUAGAUGGCUCGCCGGGUCUAAGAGGAAGCCGAGGUGAACCAGGGUUUAUGGGCCUACCCGGCUAUCCUGGACGAGGAGUUACUGGAGUAGGUCCACCUGGAGAAAACGGUCCACCGGGACGCCCUGGUAGAGUAGGUGACGUUGGCACACCCGGACGCCCAGGAUGGCCCGGCCUUAAGGGUGACAAAGGCGACGACUGUUUCUGUCCGUCAGGUGCACCAGGAUCGAAAGGACAAAGAGGCGAUGGUGGAUUACCAGGCAUAAAAGGAUAUCCGGGUUUAGAAGGAGAGAUGGGAAUACAAGGAGUAAAAGGAGAAGCUGGUUUACCAGGACUCCCAGGACCAGAUGGUCCGAAGGGUAAUAAGGGUCUGCAAGGAAUGGCGGGUCAGCAAGGGCCAAAGGGUACAAAAGGUCAACUGAUACAGCCGCCGUUCUCACUAACCAAAGCGGAAGCUGGGCCGCGUGGCCCUCCAGGUUUCAUGGGGGAUGUCGGUCUACCUGGGGACAGUGGAUGGCCAGGACGUCCUGGUGAAUAUGGUAUUAAAGGCGUUAAAGGUCUUCAAGGUGAUGAUGGAUUCGCUGGUUACCCGGGCCGCAACGGAUCACGUGGCCGAAAUGGCAUACCUGGACGACCAGGUGCUUCAGCUGAUGUACCAGUCAUAUUUCUUACUGGGCAGAAAGGAGAUAAAGGACAAAAAGGACAACUUGGAGAACCUGGUGACGAUGGACUUAUGGGCGAGACCGGAGAAGCAUUGGACUCCGAGGUUAAUAUGAAAGGUGUCAAGGGUGAGAGGGGACCACGUGGACCGAUUGGUUGGCAGGGCAGGAAAGGUGAACCCGGAGUAUUCGGUUAUGACGGUCUUCCGGGUAUUCGAGGAGAUGAGGGUUUACCUGGAAUUUCGCCGCAGGGUCCCAUGGGUGCUAGAGGAUUCCCUGGUGACAAAGGUGACAUAGGUCCAUUCGGGGAACCCGGUACUCCAGGAACGCAGGGAGCUGAUGGAUUUCCUGCACCAAAGGGAAAGAAAGGAGCACGCGGUGAAAUUGGCUUUGCUACCAUUUACGGCGAAAGAGGCAUAGACGGUGCUCGUGGAGAUGCAGGCGAUAUAGGUGAACCAGGAUACUACGGAACACCAGGAAGACCGGGUAAUAUGGGACCCAAAGGAGAAACAGGAGCUCCUGGAGAUGUGGGUCCACCAGGUCCUAUUGGACCCCAAGGAAGAAAAGGUAUUCCAGGUAAUAUAGUACGAGGACCUCCUGGAGUACCAGGUCAACCGGGAAGACCAGGUUUUCCAGGAACGAUAGGAGAACCGGGAUUACAAGGUAGCAAUGGACUUCAAGGUGACAUGGGCCCUAAGGGACUAAAAGGAGACAGUGGUCGUAAUGGAACUCGAGGUCGAAUGGGCGAACGAGGUAUUCCGGGGAUAUAUGGCUUUCCAGGCCGAAUGGGUCGCCCAGGAAGACUUGGUGAAGUAGGAGAACGCGGUGAAUCCGGUUUACCAGGAUUUAGAGGCCAGCCUGGAAAAAUGGGCCCACAAGGACCAGCAGGACCAAAAGGAAUUCGAGGAGAUAACGGAAAUCCUGGAGUAAUCGGUUUAGAUGGACUGCCAGGUGUAAAAGGAAUUACAGGCGAUUUUGGUUUUAAGGGUUAUCCAGGAGAACGCGGUGAAAUAGGUAUCAGGGGUUUUGUUGGAGAAAGAGGUGAACAAGGCAGUAUCGGUAUUGACGGAAGAUCAGGUUCACCUGGACUAAGAGGUUCAAAGGGUGAUGAAGGAAAUGUUGGACGUAGUAUACCGGGCAAUUAUGGCCGAAAGGGUGAGCAAGGUGAUCGUGGUAGAGUAGGCUACCGUGGGCUACCGGGCGAUAAAGGAAUUGCAGGUUUUUACGGCAACAGGGGCCUACCAGGUGAAAGAGGCGAUAAAGGAUAUCGUGGAUUACCUGGUUUAUCUGGAAGAAAUGGCAAAGACGGGUCUAUUGGAGCAAUAGGUCUCAGAGGCAUUCCAGGUUUACGUGGGAGAAAAGGUGAUGAAGGGUUUGAAGGUGAACCUGGUAAAAUUGGCCGACCUGGUUAUCCUGGUGACAUUGGUCCAAUUGGAUUACCCGGUCUUAGAGGUCCAACAGGUAAUAAAGGUGAAACAGGUGAUAUUGGUGAAACCACAUACUUACCGGCAACAAAAGGAGAUAUGGGUGAUAUAGGAAUGGAGGGACUUGAAGGUCCUAAGGGUUCCAAAGGAGAUGUUGGAAUUACCGGAUUAUUCGGUUUUAAAGGAGAGCAGGGCGAUAUCGGUGUUCAAGGAGAGUCAGGAGAUUGGGGUUACCCGGGUGCGAAGGGAUUACCAGGUGAUUUUGGUCCACCUGGCCUGCCUGGACUUGAUGGUAUAAACGCUGAACGUGGUGAAAAAGGAAAGGCCGCAAGGGAUGGUCUUCCAGGUUGGCCAGGACCUAGGGGACAAAAGGGUAAACCAGGUGAAUAUGGUCCUGAUGGUCCUGAAGGAUUUCAGGGUGAACCUGGUCUUAGUUUUCAAGGACCAAAAGGCACAAAAGGAGAUGACGGCUUCCCAGGAAGGCGUGGUAUUGAUGGAAUACCCGGGCCUCGUGGGCUGGAAGGAGCUCCAGGCUUACGAGGACGAAAAGGUGAAACUGGAGAGCUGGGCUUUUUUAUAAGUCUUAAAGGUGAACCUGGAGAUCGUGGAUUUACUGGGAUUGAAGGCAUUAAGGGAAUAACAGGAGACGCAGGUGACUCUGGAUCUAUUGGCUACCAAGGAGAUUUUGGUGAAUUGGGUAUCAAAGGAGUACAAGGGGAUACAGGGUUACCAGGUUUACAAGGCGUUGCAGGUUAUAAAGGCUUGAAAGGUGAAGUAGGUGAUACAAUUUCAUCUAUAGAAAUAGCGCGAGGAGUCAGAGGCGACGUAGGACUUUCCGGCAUAGAUGGACAACCAGGACGAGCCGGUGCCCCUGGAAAAUUUGGACAAAAUGGUAUUCCGGGAUUCAAAGGUGAAAGAGGUAGCCCCGGUGCUUAUGGUGAAGUUGGCUAUCCAGGCGAAGCAGGAGAAAUAGGAUUCAUUGGUUUAAAAGGUGCAAGAGGCUUUGAUGGAGUCCGUGGCUUGCCUGGUCCUCCAGGAGAACCUGCACCGCUACCACCGUUGCCCAAAUCGAGAGGAUUUUCCUUCGCAGUACACUCACAGACUACAGUAGUUCCAGAAUGUCCAGCCGGCACAACGUCUCUAUGGGAAGGAUACUCAUUGUUACAUAUUGUUGCUAGUACCAAGGCGCAUGGACAAGAUUUAGGUGCACCUGGAAGCUGCCUUCAAAGAUUCUCAACAAUGCCUUUUAUGUUUUGCGAUAUUAACAAUCGAUGUAAUUUUGCUCAAAGAGAAGAUUAUAGUUUUUGGCUGUCGACUCCAGAGCCUAUGCCAAUGGCAAUGACACCAAUCGAAGCUAGAGAUGUAGGAUCGUAUAUAUCCAGGUGCCGAGUUUGCGAGUCAUCAACAAGAUCUAUUGCAAUUCAUAGUCAAAGUAGCGACACGCCAAGUUGUCCCUCUGACUGGGACGAGUUAUGGGUGGGGUACAGUUUCUUAAUGCAAACAGCGGGAAUGGACGCGGCUGGCCAAAGCCUAAUAUCGCCUGGCUCAUGCCUGCGCGAGUUCAGGGCGCGGCCAGUCAUUGAAUGCAACGGGUUGGGUCGGUGCAACUACUUCGCUACGGUGUUGUCAUACUGGCUCGCUGCCCUGGACCCUAGUCAAAUGUUCCUGAAACCCGAACAACGAACUCUAAAAGCUGACAAGAUAUCUAAGAUCGGAAGAUGUGCGGUGUGUAUGAGACGCCAGCCUGGCCGGUCGAGCACCUUCCGCAGCGGCGCGGCGUCGGUGGAGGCGGUGCCCAACGCGGUGCGCCGCCCCGGCGCCUACCGAGGGCACCGCCGCCCCGGCGCCCCCACAGCGCGCCAAUGGCGAGGCAGACGUCGCUAUAACAACUCACUUUUGCCCGGCAAAUGAAUGUGGCCUCACACACAUGAUGCCGUCAAAGUCCACGUAUUUUCGUCUAGCACCGCUAGUGUUACUUUAAAUACAGUAUCAAAUAGGAAUUCGUACCUUUAAGGUACCUCUCCCAAUGUUAACAUUUAAGCUACUUAGUCAAAAUAUAGACUUAGAUAUUGUUUAACAUUCUGUGACAUGUCAUGACAAUAGGUACUUAUAUUAUUACAAUAAAAAGUAGGGUAGUAAUAAAAAGGUAACUUAGAACCUCCACCUUCCUUUUUUGAAGUGAAUUAAUUGUCAAGUCAGCGUCAGUUACACUGCCAUUUUUAAAUUGUUAUGUUCUUAAAAGGAUAUAUUUGUAGUCAGAUACCUAAGUAGUGGAAUCCCAAUAACAUAAUAGCUUGGCAAGUUCGUUGAUGACACUCCCAUGGUAUGCGGGCGACGGGUGGGGAUGGAUUGCGCGGGUGUGAAAUCAUGCGCGCGGGGCAGAGGCUGGAAGUUAGGUGCAUCAGUCAUGGACAGUCGCUGUCGACGAAAACUCAUAUUUAAUGACCUGCGGCUGUCAGAACAAAACGCACACAAUACACGAUACCCGAAAAUUAGUCCGACGACCUGCUAAGUUAUUGGUAGUCAACGCAACCAAAUAAAUCAUUUUAUAUCAAUAUUAUAAUAAUAGAUUUUUUCAUUUUGUAUCUUUUUAGGGUUCCGAACGUACAUACAAAAACGAAACCCUUAUUUUAAUAUGUUAUACAACAAUAGAUUUUUUUCUUCCGCCGAUGAUUAAUAUAUUAUAAUAUUUAAUUAUAUAGUUAGUUAAUCUAUAUUACUCAUACUUGUAUAUUAUAAUAUCAAGUUAUGUUUUAUAGGAUAUUCAGAGAUAUCUGAACACUUAUUCGUAACGUAAUAAGUUAGGCGGUCAACUUUUUGCUGACAUCGCUACCCGCUCCCCGGCUUCCGCAGACUAAAGGGAGUGUCACGAACGAGCUUGUCAAGCUAUACUUACAUUAUUGCUAUACCAGUUAAUAUUUUAAGUGCAUAAUAUCUAAUAUUUAAAUAUUUAACUUGUAAAACAAUGUCACCUUUGUUUAUAUAGUAUUAGGAAUUUACUGUAACAUAAAAACCCACGAAGAGACAUAAUAAUUACAGUUAAUAGACAUCUGCUAUUUAAUACUUACAAGUCUGUAAAUAUAUACAUAUAUAUUGAAUUUAGAUAUACUAGUGUUAAAAAAACUAAUUAAAAUAAUUGAAUUUUA